AUGACGCUGUUUGGAAAUCUGCGGAUAUCCAGCAAAGGCAGACAACCGAAGGAUGGGCGGCGCGUGCAUCCGGCGGAGGAGGGACAGGGCACCCUGGCGAAGUCGCCAUCGACGAAUUCGUCAGAGAUCAUGGUGUACCAGGAUGCCCACCACAGGCACAACGACCGGAAGAAAACCGCCGACGAGACAGGGCUGUCGUCCCGAUCGUUACGUAGACACCCGUCGAAUGGCAGCGACGACGGCGCCAUUACGAGAUCCGCUGCGCUGAACAUGAUGAGCCAUGAGAGGUCUGUUCGGAAGGCCCUGCCGACGCUGAAGCCAGGCGUGGGGGUGGCGAGCAAGAAGAACGCACAGGUCAACCUGAUCGUCGUCCGCAACCCCAAGACGUGGUCGCAGGGGGACGAGGACGGCGGCGCGGGCAAGCCUGGGAUGAUAUCCGCCAUCAACGAGGCCUCGGAGACCUGCACCGUGUACUGGUACGAGACCGGGCAGGUCCACGACCACUACCGGAUCGGCAAGAAGAGCGAGCUCUGCGUGCCGCACGGCGCCAUCCCGGCGUCGCUGGGCGGGGACGACGGGCUGGCGAGCGCGGGCAUGGCGCAGUCCGCCAUGCAGGCCAUGAAGUCGCUGCUCACGGGCCGCAGAGCCAAGGGACGAGCGCCCAGCAGCGCCCCGGUCGAGCGGAGCUCGCACCGGCGGAACUCCCAGGAGACCUAUGCGGAGAAGACGCAGACGAUCGUGAUAUUCGACUGGGACGACACGCUCUUCCCGACCACGUUCAUCAGGCACGAUCUGGGCCUCUCCGUCAGGAAGACUCUGAGGGACCAGAACCUCAGGCCCGAGAUGAUGUCGCAGGUCCAGACCACGCUGGCGAAGGCGGCGGGCGCCGUCGACCAGCUGCUCCGGCUGGCAGAUAAGCGCGGGAAGGUCGUCAUAGUGACUUUGGCCAAGAGCCCCUGGGUCACUGAUUCUUGCCGCUACUUCUACCCCGGUAUCGGCGAGCUGAUCGAGAAGCUUGGCAUCCAGAUUGUCUACGCGCAAGAGGGCGAGCAGGUAGAGUACAGCAAGGUCAACAUGAUGGCCGAGGAGCAGUUCGAAACCUUUUGGGCCGAGAUGAAGGGCAAGGCCAUUGCCAGGGCGCUGAGCGAGUUCUACUCCCAGUACGAGGGGCAGUCCUGGAAGAACAUCAUCUCCCUAGGGGACUCCGACUUUGAGCGAUACGGUGCCAUGGCAGCGACGAUGCAAUAUGCUACAGAACAGGGCUUGGUCAACGAGUCGGAGAUUACCCCAGCCAAUAGGCCGAGGGCGAUGAGGGCGCCCCGGAUCUCAGAGGGCGCGCUGUCCGUGUCGAGCGUCAAGCACCACAUCAACGGCAGCGGGCGGCGCAUGUCGUGGGAGGGGACCGUCAACGGCAAGGACUUCAAGGUGCGGACGAAGACCUUCAAGAUGCUGGACGAGCCGACGGUGGAGGAGCUCAUGGUGGAGCUGAGCCUACUGCAGCAGUGGCUGCCUCUCAUGGUGGCGCUGAACGACGGCUUCGACGUCGACCUCAACAGCCUCGACGACAAGGCGCAGAUCGAUAAGAUCGAAAGAAGCUUCUCCGAGGUUGCUGCCAGCGCUAGCCCAUUGACUGCAGAGCCGAUGGCAGAACUCGGCAGAGCCAGGUUCGGCACCAACGCCGAGGGCACCUCACCGCGGGGCCAGUGCUCGCGAGACUCGCUGGCGUGCGCAGGCUUGCCGUGCUUCGGCGUGCGCGACAAGGGCGCGGGUGGCGGGGCGGAGCCCGCGGGGCUGGCGGGCAUCGGGCCCUCGCCGCCCGCCGAUGGUCGGGGGGCGGCCGCGGGGGGGCCGCUGCGCCCGAGCGCGGAGCAGCGGCGGGUCCUGGAGGGCGCCAUCGCCCGAGGAGCGGGGCGGGCAGUGCGAAAGGGCCCCUUCGAGCUCCGCGCCGGGCGGCGGGGGCACCUGCAGUUCGUGGAGCCCGCGGCGCUGCUCACCGCCGCGGGCGCGGCGCAGCUGCGGGCGGCGCACUUCCUCCUCGUCGACGAGGCCGCGGGGCUGCCGGUGGCCACCGCGGCCCAGCUGCUGCACCACGCGCGGCGCGUCGUGCUGUCCACCACGCUGGACGGCUACGAGGGCAGCGGCCAGGGCUUCCUGGUGCGCGCGCUGCCGCGCCUGCGGGCCCUGCGGCCCGGGCUGCGGCUGGUGGAGCUCCGCGCGCCCUGGCGCUGGGCGAGCGGCUGCCCGCUGGAGGCGCUGGCGCGCGACGUGCUGCUGCUCGACGCCGAGCCCGACGAGGUGCAACCCUGUACCAUGCCAGGGCCCACCUCUGCCGACCCAGUCGAGGCGGAGGCGCUCGAGCAGGUGGAGCAGGCGACCUUGGCAGGGGAGGGCGGCGCGCUGGAGCUGCGCCGCCUCUUCGGGAUGCUCCGGUGCGGCCACUACAAGACGAAGCCUUCGGACCUGGAGACCUUCCUGGAGGCGCGCGGCGUGAUCUGGCUCGUGCUCCGCAGAGGUGCCCAGAGCAUCGGCCUUACCAUCUCCGGCGUGGAGGAUCGGGCCGGUGAGCUGCCCGCGGCUCGCGGAGGAGCUGUGGCUGCGGCAGCGGAAGCUGCCCGGGCUGCUGACCGCGCAGACGCUGGCCAGGGACGCGGGCUUCCGGCAGGCGGCAGAGCUGCGGUACGCGCGCAUGAUGCGGCUCUGCGUGCACCCCGCGGCGCAGCGGAGGGGCCUGGGAUCGCGGCUGCUUCCAGGAGCCUGGGCGCCCUGCGCGGCCUGCGCGUCGACGCGGUGGCGGCCCACUUCGGGGCCCAUCACCCCUGGCUGCUGCGGCUCUGGCGCUCGCAGGAGGGCGCCCGCGUGGUGUGGCUGGGCCGCGGCUGCGACCCGAGCAGCGGGCAGCACAGCGUAUCGGUGCUGAUCCCGCUGACGGACCGGGCAGAGGACCUCGUCCGCCGCAUGCAGGAGCGCCUGGUCGCGCAGCUGCCCGAGCUGCUGACGAGCCCCCUGUGCCAGCUGGACGUGGAGACCCUCCGCGAGCUGCUGAAGGCGCUGCCGCAGCCGCCCUCCGCGCGGCUCUGCCCCCAGGACGCCUCGGACGUCUGGGGCUUCGCCCACGGCGCCCGCGAGCUGUCCUGCUGCCGCUACGCCCUGCGGCGGGCCGCGUGGGCCCUGCUGCGAGAGCCGACGGCGCCCUGGACCCGGAGCUCCUCGGCCCCAAGGCCCAGCGGGCCCUGCUGUCGCUGCUCCGCGGGGGCGCCGGGCCCGAGGCCCCGCC